AUGAGCCCUGCAGAAACGACAACAAACAAGAAGUGUCACAACUCUGGAUGAGACUGCCUGGCACAGCUCACUCAGACCAGAGCCAACAUGUCCACACGAGUGACUGCAGGUAUCAAAGCGAAGGGGUCUCGUGGGUCCAGAAAUGUGUUUUUUGGUGUCGCACCACAAAAGGGUCUUUGCGUGACUGCAGCAGGGACUGUGGUGCAUGGAAAGCUAGAAGGGGGGAAAAGAGUAGUGAAAGGGAUGCGGAGCUUCGAGGAGAUCCCUCACACAGGGAGGAAUGGAUGGCUCAACCUGUUGAAAUUCUGGAGAGAAAAUCGCUUCCAGCAGCUUCACAAGCACAUGGAGAGGACCUUCAACACGCUCGGCCCCAUCUACAGAGAAAAGCUGGGCACCCUAAGCAGCGUGAACAUCAUGCUGCCAUCUGACGUCAGUGAGCUCUUUAAGUCCGAGGGCCUGCACCCCCGACGGAUGACCCUGCAGCCCUGGGCGACACACCGGGAGAUACGCAACCACAGCAAGGGCAUCUUCCUCAAGAAUGGGGAAGAGUGGAGAGCUGACCGUCUGCAGCUGAACAAGGAGGUGAUGAUGAGUGCAGCAGUAAAACGCUUUCUCCCUCUCCUUGAUGAGGUGGCGAAGGAUUUCUGUCGAAUGCUGCAGACAAGAAUGGAAAAGGAGGGAAGAGGAGAGGAGGGAAAAUGCGUUCUUACCAUCGAUCCCAGUCCUGACCUUUUUCGUUUUGCACUGGAAGCUAGCUGCCACGUGCUCUACGGAGAGCGUAUUGGCCUCUUCUCCUCAUCCCCCUCCCUGGAAUCUCAGAAGUUCAUCUGGGCCGUGGAGCGAAUGCUAACAACCACUCCUCCUCUCCUCUACCUGCCCCCUCGCUUACUGUUGCGCAUGGGUGCUCCCCUGUGGACCCAGCACGCCACUGCUUGGGACCACAUCUUCAGUCAUGCGGAGGCGAGGAUCCAGAGGGGGUACCAGCGCUUGUCAACCUCCCUGGGUAGAGCAUCUCCGACUGGGACUGCUGGAGGCCACUACACUGGAGUUCUGGGACAACUCAUGGAGAAAGGGCAGCUAUCUUUGGACCUCAUCAAAGCCAACAUCACUGAGCUGAUGGCUGGAGGGGUGGAUACGACAGCAGUACCCCUGCAGUUUGCUCUGUUUGAGCUGGGACGCAACCCUGAGGUGCAGGAGAGCGUUAGGCAGCAGGUGAGGGCGUCGUGGGCACAGGCUGGUGGGGAUCCUCAGAAAGCCCUGCAGGGGGCACCACUUCUUAAAGGCACAAUCAAAGAGGUCCUCAGGUUGUACCCAGUGGGAAUUACAGUGCAGCGGUAUCCAGUCAGAGACAUCGUUCUCCAGAACUACCACAUACCUGCUGGAACUUUGGUCCAGGCUUGUAUUUACCCAAUGGGGAGAAGUGAAAAAGUGUUUGAAGAUCCACUGCACUUUGACCCCAGCCGGUGGAGCAGAGAAGAGGGCCAAAGGGCGGAAGCCGCAGGGUUUCGCUCCCUGGCAUUUGGCUUCGGGGCGAGGCAGUGUGUCGGGAGGAGGAUUGCUGAGAACGAGAUGCAACUUUUACUCAUGCAUAUCCUGCUGAGCUUCCAUCUCAGCGUGCCGUCCUCAGAGGACCUCAACACCACAGUCACCCUCAUCCUCCAGCCCGAGACUCCGCCGAGGAUCACUUUCAGCAAGCUCUGACACACACACAUGCUCAGAGGAGACUCAUGCUGGUACCAUUUGACAAGUUUAAUCACGUAGGGUUAGCGCGCUUUAAUAAUUUAUUUCCGAUUAUUCCCAAUAAAGAUAUUUUUAAGCGUCCUUACACACUUUGCAUUGGAAUGAAGAUAAAUAAAGAUGAAUUUUAUC